GUGAUGUUAAGAGUUGCCCUCAGAGAUAGAAAACGAUUGCAAGAUUGCAAGCUUUUCAGUGAACAGGUGCCGUUUUAGGCUGUGUUGUUGUGUGGCAUCGAUUUAAGAGGGGUCAAAUAUAGGUCAGGCAUCGGUCUUCAGGUGUACCAUGCAAAGUUAGAAAACCUUUUUGCGUAACUGUCUUUAAAAAAACAAAGCAACAGCACCACAAAAUUAUCAACAGCACCACAAAUUUAAAGUUUGUUUUUCGACAUUUAUUAAAAUAGCAUUUCUGACAUCAUUAGGUUUAUCUAACGUCAUUAGUUACAAUGGGUUGUUCGGCGUCUGUCCAAGUACAAAAGCAGAAUGACGAAAACGGAAAUACGAACGGAAAGAAAACGAAACCACCGCCAUUAAUCAUGCCAGCGGUAAACGCUGACUUCAUAAAAACGGAAGAGGGAGAAAGAGAAACAAUGGUCGAGAUAAUGAAAGAGAAAGAAGUGGAAAAUAUUUCGGGAGAAGGAGAGGAGCGUAGUGAUCCCGAUGGAGCUGCAUCUAAUCUAGAAACCAAUCCGGAUGCCCAGGAAGACGAAGAAGUCAGAGAUGACUUCGAUCCGACUAAGAAUCCGAUGACGAGGAAAAAUCUUUCUUCCCUAAAGAAGCAUGCCACCCAAGAGACGCUUGAGUUUGUGUAUAAGAACAGUUCAUCGUCUUCCCCCAACCAUACAGGGGGUACAUUCGGUCUUAUCACAGCAGGGACACCUAACUCAUCAAGAUGGACCCAGCGUCGGGCCUCUGGUGUUCCGCCACCUCCAAGAGCAUUGAAAGACUCGGACUUUUUGUCAAAAUACGCGAGCGGAUCACGCCGACCAUCCAAUAUGAUGGAAAAGGAGGAGGAAGAAGAAAGAGAGGAAGAUAAAGAGGAAAUUGACACUAAGAGUUAAAGUAUAGUAGGUAGGGGUAAGAUGGGACAGGUUGCAUUACCUUUUCUCUUUCCAUUUGGUGGUACACAAAGGCUAUUUACCGAAGUAUAUAACCGAAGUCCCGCGACUCUAAAAUAUCGUUGUAAAGUUAAAAGCAGGUUUAUGAAAUUUUGGAUUUAGUGACUAUGGAUAUCCCAUCUUACUCCACAGCAGUACUACUGAUGCAUAUCGCUGUUUGUGCUUACGACACAGCACAUGGACUUAUGCUUCUUAUUAUUUCUUGUUGGUGUACAUACUUUCAUUCCUCUGUUACCGUGUAGCGCAUAACAUUGUUAUACCAGGUGUACACGCCUGGCUUCAAUAUUUAUGGUUGUUUAGAUAGGUGCUGUAAAAACUUUCUAGUAAAACCCCUCCUAUUUAGAUAUCACAUUAAACGCAGUUGAACCCUUGAGAAUUCAACCGUAUUCCUAAUUUGGUAUACCGAGUAUAUUUUGCUAUUUUUGUUGUAAUAUGAAGUAUUGUUGUGAUAUGUUUAAUUAAAUAAGCUGGAUAUAGGGCAACAUACCCUUGCGAUAUAAGCGUGAGAUGUGUCAAAAUAAAACCAGUAAGCUUAUGUGUUCUAA